UCCCGUUUUGGUUUGUAGAAGAAGAAGAAGAAGAAGAAGAAGACACACUCCCAUCACCAGCUUCCAAAAUGGCUGCGAACGCUAACAACACGGCUUCCCAACCUGGUAGCAGUGGCGGAGGAAAACAGUCCAGCCUCUCCGCCGAACAGGUGGUGGCAACAUUUCAGAAGAUGCGUCAGGAGCAACGCAACAUGGCCUCUAAAGCAGCCGAGUUAGAGAUGGAAUCGAAUGAACACAGCCUAGUCAUUGAGACCCUGAAGGGCGUGGAUCCAUCCCGGAAAUCCUUCCGUCUUGUUGGCGGCGUGUUGGUGGAGAGGACAGUGAAAGAAGUUCUGCCGGCAUUGCAGAGCAACAAGGAGCAGCUCUCCAAAAUAAUUGAGUCCAUCAACACCAAGAUGCAGGAGAAGGGGCGUGAACUCACAGACUACAGAGAACGCUACAACAUUCGCCUGGUGGGCGAGGGAGAUGCGCAAGGCCAGUCGACGGCAUCCUCCAAGGAUAGUGAAGGAGGCGGCGGAGCUGGUGUUUUGGUUUCAUAGGUUGUUGUUUUUUUUAUAUUAUUGGCAUGGCUCAGUGGUAGCUUGCAUAUUGAAAACAGUUGAAAAAAAACAAUCUAGGUUUGAAAAUGGAAUUUGUCUCAAGAUUUUGGACAGACAACUUCAGGAUGUGACGUGCCCUACUGAAUCAGUUUUCUGAUUCGAUAGGGCUCGAAUGUUGUUUCCAGUGUGUUCAGUCGCUAAAUAACGUGGCAGCGCAGACGAGGUUCUCACGUUGGAGGAAUGACUUUUGUUCUCACAAGCUGCAAGGAUGAAGGCGCUUGGAAAUGUUAAAAACAAAAAUCCAGUUUUGGUUGGUUUGUAAGUUGAAUAUUUUCAAUAAAGAUUUGGGGAAAAAAGCAAUAAAUGAGCCGUCUCGGUCCACGCUGACACCAACUAGUGGCACGGCAACCAAUAUAAAAAUACGUGGGCACAGAGGGUGAUUUUAUUUAAUUUAAAUACUGUUAAUGCCAUGGUUUGGCUUUGACUUCUUUUUAAGCUUUUAGCGUGACUUUUCUUCGGCGCGUGAUUGACGUCACAUGAUGCGUUCGGGACAAACCCGGGAAUUUCGCUGAGCUACUUCGGGCACGCUGCCACCUACUGGCGAUCCGGUGGCCACAGAAGGAUAAAUAAAACUGCUUUCGAAUAGUUUUUUUUGCUCCGUCGCUCUCACUAAUUAUAAAAUCUAGCUCGUAUUUGAGCUUUCAUAGCCUGGUGUGUAGCUGUAAGCUUCUUUUCGCUUCCUGAAGGAGGCCGCCAUCUCUUCUUGGUCAGCGCGAGUGACCUCCCGAGAUGCGUUUGGAACAGCCCGGAAAAAAAUGGAUUAAGAAGUUCCAGAUCCUCAAUUUAAUGCUUAUUUUUGGUUUGUGCUUGCACUAUUACACGAUUCUAAUUGAUACAUUUAUAUGUGCAAUUAGUCCCCUAUAAAAGUAAUGGAUAAGUACUGAAAAUUCCUUUAUUUUCGCUGUAAAUUUAAAUCAUUUGGUUUCGACAUCAAAAGAUAAUUUUCGUUAUUUACAUUUGCAUCAGAUACGACAGCUUAGAACAUUGCAAUAUCUAACUUAAUAAAAUUUUAUAGGUGAAUCAAAGUAUUGUGUACUACUUUCAGGACGAUGUCACAUCGAAUUGGGCUGACAGGUGUGAGAAAGAAACUCGUUCUCUCUGGGACUUUAGAAAGAAGAGCUUUAGGACACAUUUACACAACGGACACACAUAAAUCCUAAAUCUCAAGAAAAGAGAAAAAAGCAAAGCUGUACAGAAAGAAGAAACAGAGCUGAAGUCUUGAAUCUUAGAAUAGCGCCCUUAUAAAAACACAGUUGUGUGCUUGACUACAUUUCAUCCUCAUUUUCUUUCUGCGUCACAGUUUCUUGUUUUUCCACCCCCACACAGGUCUCUGGUUUUCAUGUUGGCUACACCAAGUAUGAAUGCAGUCUCGUCUUUUGAUGUCAAACCCAAAUGUUUUCAGUUCAUAGCAAAGUAGAAGCAGGUCCUCAAAGUGACAGUAAGGUGUGGUCCAUCUCUGGACAGUUAUCUCGAAUGUAUUCAGAUUUAUCAAAACAGGAUUAGAUGUGAGAUUUCAAGAUGACAAAUACUGUUGGGAUAAGGCGCGGCUUGAGGAAAUAGAUAAAGGUCAGCCUCUCCCAUAGCAAACGCAUGAGGUCAGUUUGUCAGCGAGAACAAGCGCUUAUCUCCAGGAGUUUCUUUUAUUUUGGUCUGGGAAGUCACUAGAAUGUUGCAAAGUCCACUCGAGUCUACUACAAAAGACACAAAUCUGCUUCAAACACAAUAAAUUCUUGUCAAGUCUUA